AUGUCCUCCCUUAUCCACAAAACACAAGUUGCGGAUGCCUCUGAUGAAACGCUGUUAGGACAAGUAAAUUUACAAAGUACACAGCCGCAAAUAGGAGAGAUUGAUGUUAACACUGGGUUAGAUGGGUUCUUACUUGCGGCGUUGAAGAAUCCAAAAGACAGGCUGUUUUUGUUGAAACUAGAUCGGGAUAUGGAGAGAUUCGUCAAGGAUAAGAGCCGCACACGCCUGGAAUUUCCACCAAUGAACUCUUAUCAGAGAUUGAUUAUCCAUCGCGUUGCUGCAUAUUUUAAACUAUCGCAUGUCGUCGAUACCAGUGGAAAAGCUGUCGUUUUAUAUAAAUCGGCCGAGACGCAAAUGUGA